AUGGCAAAGCUAAGAUCUUGGACUCUGAGAUGGCCUUCUAUUGUCCGAGUGUGUAUUCUGAAUUUUGUUUUGAACUUCAUGAUCGUAACAUUAGCUGAUGACACUGGAAGUAACAGUAUUGUAUCAGAAGGUGACUGCAAGAGCACAAAUUAUCAGAUUUUCCUCCCUUCACCGUAUCAGAAUAUAUCCUCUACCAUAUGCAAACCUGUUUGGAAUUCAUACGAAUUGAGGUACACCAAGACGGGUGAUACAACAACUAUCAUAUUAUCUGCUCCCUACACUGUUGGGUGGGUAGGAAUUGGAUUUUCUAGGGAUGGCAUGAUGGCUGGUUCCAGUGCAAUGGUAGGAUGGAUUAACAAACAUGGUCAUACAAAAGUCAAACAAUUUUAUCUACGGGGUCGGAGGCAAUCAGAAGUAAUUGUAGACAAAGGGGAACUGCCUCUAAAUAAUGUACCAGCUGCAGUGGCAACAAAUGGAGCUGAAAUCUAUAUAGCGUUUCAGCUACAAACGACAAUUCCAUUCGGGAAGCAACCGAUUUUAUUAGCUUUCAGUACUAAACGUCCACUGAACCACCAUCUACCAAAACAUGUUGACAAAAUAGCAGUUAUAUUUGAUUUUUCUUCAGGUUCUGCGGGCCCGGUAUCCAAUGGGUUGAUUCAGAUGAGAAAGAACCAUGGAAUAGUGGGUAUAGUAGGGUGGGGCCUAAUCCUGCCUGUGGGGGCAAUUAUUGCUAGGUACUUCAGGCAUAAGGAUCCCCUGUGGUUCUAUCUCCAUUCAGCCAUUCAAUUUGUGGGAUUUGCAUUUGGGCUUGCCACAGUCCUUCUUGGCUUACAACUCUACAGAAAUGUGCAUGUCCACAUACCAGCUCACAGAGGCAUAGGCAUCUUUGUCCUUGUCCUAAGUAUUCUUCAGAUAUUGGCAUUUUUCUUGAGGCCAGACAAGGAUUCCAAGUUCCGAAACAUUUGGAAUUUGUAUCACAGUUGGCUUGGAAGAAUGGCACUUUUCUUUGCAGCUUUGAAUAUAGUGUUGGGGAUGCGAGCUGCAGGGGCAGGGAAUGAUUGGAAGAUAGGCUAUGGAUUCCUUAUUAGCAUUAUACUUGUGGCAGUUAUCGUUCUCGAAGUACUGGCGUAUUUGAAAAGGUCACAAAAGCGUUCUCUUCCUCACACUUUCCAAAUGGACUCAGUUGGAGAAGCUACCUUUCCGACCAAUCUAGCAAAAGGUAUGAACGCUUUUACUUUGUUUCAUACUACUCCAUUUGUUUAUUGA